GAGUGGCUCGUGUAUGAUCACGAAAACAGCGUAAUGUUCUGUCAGGAUUGCCGAAUGUAUGCUAAAGAAAAACACAAAACGAAUAAUUUCGUGGUAGGAACCAAUAAUUUCAAAGUAGAAGCAGUAAAGGAUCAUGAGAGUGCCCGAAGUCAUCAGGAGAGCCUGAGGACGAAAACCGCCAAGACGUGUCGUAUCGAAGAGAGUGAAGCUGGAAGGAGCCUUGCCUUAAUGAAGACGUCCGAGUUCGAGAAGAUGGAGCUACUUUUUCGCAAUGCCCACGCCAUCGGGAAAAAAGGCAGGCCUUUCACCGACUUCGCAUGGAUGUGCCCAGGAGGAGACCACUGUCAGUGUUCAGAGGGCAAAGGCCAAGGGCUUCCUUAACAUAGCAAAGGAUGGCGGAGUCCUACGGUUUUGCUGUCUUCUCCAUGACAUCAUCUUUCAAUUGAGCAACCUUUCCAAGUCACUGCAGAAGUCAGCAGUAACCCUGGCUGAGGCUCAUAGCUGCCUGUCCUCCACUCAGGCUGUCAUAGAAAAGUACAAGUCAAGACCCGGGCCUAAGCUGAGAGCAGCACUGGAGACGGACAUCUAUGAGGGAGUCCUUCUGAAACCGACAAAGCCUGACCAGCAUGACAAGUCCAAGAAUGAUCUCAUAGAUGCCAUGUGCCAGUGCAUCACUUCUAGGUUUGCCGAUGUAAACAGUGGUGUCCUGAAGGCAAUGCGACUGAUAAAUUUCCAGUGCUGGCCAGAGACAGACACAAGUGCAGAUUUUGGUGAUGAUGAUGUAGACCAGGUUAUUAGUCACUUCCGACCUCUUCUACUGACAGCUGGAGUGGAUAUUGACUUGAUUCCAGAUCAAUGGACCAUUCUGAAAACACAACUUUACACUGCAGGUUUCAGCCAAGGGACCAUUGAGAAGACAUGGCCUGCAGUAAACAGAAUGCUGCGCCAUGAGUGUCCUGAUGUCCUACACCUGUUUGAUGCCCUGCUCACCAUUCCGACAAGUACAGCUGACUGUGAGAGGGGGUUUAGUGUCAUGAAGCAGGUUAAGAGUGACUGGCGCUCAAGCCUGAAAGGGGAGACACUAGCUGACCUUUUGAAAACACAGUUGUGCUCACCGGACAUCAAAGACUUCGACCCACGCAAAGCCAUAGAAAUCUGGCAUGGUGACAGUGUGCGCACACGCCGGCCACACUUUGUGAGGAAGAAAAAUGGAACUGAUGUAGAUGGGGGCUCUGAGUCAGAGUCCUCAAAGAGCUCUGCCUCUGAUGAUGUUUAACCUGUCUCUUUGUACAUAAUACAUUUGUGUAAUUUUGUACAUUAUCUGCACUAAAACAUGUUUAGAGUUGUUUAAAGUUUUAAGUUGUUAAACACUG